AUGAAGUUUCAUGCUUACCUUUCUGUACCUUUGGAAUCUGCAAACAGUUCUUCCUAUUGUACCAGCACAGCAUUGCUGAAGGUGUGUACGGACAUUGCUGCCGCAGUUACAGGCAACGUGGUGUCAUUUUGUCCAGCAGGAAGAUAUGGAGCAGGAUGUGCAAUGCAGUGCCACUGUGCAGGCUCUUGUAACUCGUUAACUGGAAGUUGUCGUGGCAACAUUUGUGCAGAAGGGUGGAAAGGAUCAAAUUGUCAGGAAUGUGAAUCUGGAUUUUAUGGAGAGAACUGCGAGUUGGAAUGUAGGUCUACUAAAUGUACGUCAUGCCAGAGAUUGGGGAAGUGUGUGAAGGGAUCGUGUUAUUCUAAUUGGCUUCAUCCCUAUUGCGAACUUGGGAUCCUUAAUGCUACAUUUCUAUCAGCAAAUGAUGGUUAUGUGACAGAUGUUUACUGUACAAUAUUUCAUGGUGGUGCGCAAGAGGUUGACGUCAUACUUAUGGCAACGAAAGAUGACAUCAGCGAAAAUAUUACAUCAUCACAGAAACAAGAUAGCCAAGAAAUUACGUCAUAUAAAUUCUCAGUCUUGCCUGAUAUCGAUUCGACAUACACAUGCGUAAUAUUGAAAGCGAAUGAAUCGGCACACCUCGCUAUUCUUCAUGUUAUUUUUGAAUUGCCUUCAUACAAUGGGAGUCUACAGAUUAAUAUGACUACAAGUUCUACGAUAAGUAUUAAAUGGACUGCGUGGGACAACACUACUGAUGAAGGAGACGGACCUGUUAUUGGAUACAUUAUUCAUCAUAGACUUAGCAAUGCUGAAACUGAUUGGAAACAAUCACUAAUUCAUACUACAUUGUCAGGAACUGUUUUCGGGUUGUUGUGGGAUACAAAUUACACUUUGGCUGUGUCAGCAGUUAGACCAGGUGGAGGUGGCGAAGGUCCAAUUGGAAUGCAGCGAAUCAGUGCAAAAACUCUUUGUGGUAAACCAAGUGCAGUUCACAACAUGACCCAUGACAUCAUCGAAACAGAUCCACAGGGUAUACUAGUUAAAUGGACAGAAAUUGAGAUGGAUGCAGAGACACUAAAAUGCUUCAACUCUACAUAUUUCUAUACUGUGUACCUGAAAUUAAGUAACGAUGAAGGAGUUGGUAAUGUGGUUUACCAGGGCAUUGAUACUAAAACAGCGAUAUACAACAUAGAUGUUGAUGCUACUUACGUCAUUUCGAUAACUGUUUCUAAUGAAGACAGCGAAGGCGAAUUCUUUGAAAGUCAUCUUGUAAAUCAUGAAUGUGAAACUGGAUAUUUUGGAGAAAACUGUGAAGAGAAAUGCAGUAAACCAUGUACGUGUCACAGAUUGACAGGAAACUGUGUGUCGUGUUAUUCUAAUUGGAUUGAACCUAACUGCGAAAUUGGUGAGCUAUUCUAA